CAGGCCGUGGGCAUCUCGGUGGAGUUCGUGUCCCACAUCACCUGCGCCUUCGCCCACAGCACCAAGCCCGACCGGGUAGAAUGAGCCGCCGAGGCCACUGUCAACAUGGGCAGCAAGGUGGUGGCCGGGGUGGCCAUGACCAACCUGCCCGGCAUCGUGGUGCUGGCCUUCGCCAAGGCGCAGCUCAUUCAGAUCUUCUUCUUCCGCCUCAACCUCAUCAUCACCCUGGUGGGGCUGGCCACAUGGGUAGGACCCCCCCUGCCCCCCCUGGGGACGGUGCCCUGUCCCCGAAAUCCCUCCCGGGAGGACGAUGGCAGCCUCCCGCUGUCCCCUAUCGUCCCCACAGAGACCCAGCCCAGGGCCGGCGCAGAGCAGGGUGUGGGGCUGGCCCUCAGCAACCCCUGCUUCGAGGACAAGGACAAGGACAAGGACAAGGAUGAGGCCACGGCCCCCAGGCAGGGCUGA